AUGGCCGAGCCAGAAAACGCACCGCAAACUAACGUAAUUAUUACGCAUUUAAUUAAUCCGCACUGCUUCUGGUACAAACCGGAGUCGACGUACGAGAAGGACCACGAACAUCAUCAAUUUUCGGUGGCACUAAAUGAACACUGUGAACGCUUGUAUGGACGAGUUUUUGUUGGGCAGUCGGUACCCGGAGCGAACCUGCAAAGGAAAGCACUAGCAGCCGUCUACCAUGUGGCACAGCAGCGUUGGAUCCGGUGUGAGGUGGAGGAGGUCGUGAUUGGACUGGAUGGAAAACCGACGUAUCAAUUGUGGGCACUGGACGAAGGACUGCCAAUAAAAACGACCCCGGAGUAUGUCCGUAUGUUACCUUCCCAGUUCGGAAGCGCCCCACCACAGGCCCUGCGUGGAGCUAUUGCUAACAUUCUACCAGCCAACAAACGCCGGGAUGGCUUGGGACUAAAGGCUAGUCUAAUGCCAUGCAACAAAUGGUAUGCCGGCAUAGUAUCGAUGAUCCAGACCAUGAUCGAAGGUGCACUCAGUGUUGCGUUGGUGUCCAACGGCGGGACAGCACUGGUGGAAGGAGAGACGGUCCAAUUUGCCGAUAUGUUCAUCACCAUGGACCGUUACGAACCGUUCAACGUAGUAGACGUGCUAGCCAAGGCCUGCUCGGAGCAGAUGAUUCGAUGUUCCAGCGAAGAGUUUGAUAAACGGAUGCCCAAAUUACAAACAUUCACCAUUAAACGAUACCUAAACAACGAUGGAUACGACAAACUGCCAUUAUUGGGUGAGAACACGAACUCGGGUAGGUCCAGUCACCACCAGGGAACUGCACUCAGGUCGUUGCCAGAUCAGGAAGCAGUCACAAAAGUUAACGACUGGUUGAACAGAAACAUGACCACUGGGCCAGAUGGGUAGGAACGGUUGAACGCCGCAAAAA